CUCGAGACCGCAAUUCCGAGGUCACUGCCCCGGCGGGGUGGAGCCGCCAGGAUCCGCGGGUCCCAGGGAGGUCCCAGUAGCCUCAGCGCAGGUGAACAGGACGCCGCCGUCUCCAGCCUACACCAUGACCCAGCCGGUGCCCCGGCUCUCUGUGCCCGCCGCGCUGGCCUUGGGUUCGGCCGCACUGGGCGCCGCCUUUGCCAGCGGCCUCUUCCUCGGGAGACGGUUCCCUCCACGGCGAUCCCGGCAAGAGAAGCGACUGCUGCCCCCUGAGGACAGCCCCCUGUGGCAGUAUCUGCUGAGCCGCUCCCUGCGGGAACACCCGGCGCUACGGAGUCUGCGGCUGCUGACCUUGGAGCAGCCGCAGGGGGAUUCCAUGAUGACCUGUGAGCAGGCCCAGCUCCUAGCCAACCUGGCUCGCCUCAUCAAGGCUAAGAAGGCGCUGGAUCUGGGCACUUUUACAGGCUACUCAGCCCUAGCGUUGGCCCUGGCGCUGCCGCCUGCCGGGCGCGUGGUGACCUGCGAAGUUGAUGCGGGGCCCCCAGAGCUGGGGCGGCCCCUGUGGAGGCAGGCUGAGGAGGAGCACAAGAUCGACCUUCGGUUGAAGCCUGCCUUGGAAACCCUGGACGAGCUCCUGGCCGCGGGCGAGGCUGGCACCUUCGAUGUGGCCGUGGUGGACGCGGACAAGGAGAACUGCACCGCUUACUAUGAGCGCUGCCUUCAGCUGCUGCGACCUGGGGGCGUCCUCGCUGUACUCCAUGUCUUGUGCCAUGGAGAGGUGUUGCAGCCUCAACCGCAGGACAAAGUGGUCCAGUGUGUGCGAAACCUGAAUGAGCGCAUCCUGAGAGAUGCCCGGGUCCACAUCAGCCUCCUGCCCCUGGGCGACGGCCUUACCUUAGCCUUCAAGAUCUAGAGCUGGCCAUUAGGGAGUGGCCUCAAGGGAGGGGCCCUGGGAAUCGCAGUUUUAAAUCUGACAAUAAAGUGAGGUCUGGGAAGAAA